AUGGUUCACUACUUAAUUGACGAAAGAGACCCUGCUGAGUCCGCCUUGGAGGCUCCAUACCUCAAGCUCUACACUUUGGCCACUCCCAAUGGACAGAAGGUGACCAUCUUCCUUGAGCUUCUUGGAAACGUCGAUUACCACGUUCGUACAAUUGACAUCCGCAAGAACACUCAAAAGGAGGAUUGGUAUUUGGAGAUUAACCCCAAUGGCAGAAUCCCCACACUCACCGAUGUGGACGACAAGGGUAAUGUCUUUCAUAUCUCUGAGACAGCUGCAAUUCUGUUGUAUCUUGCUGACAAGUAUGACAAGGAGCGCAAGUACUCGUACGAGCCAGGCACAAGGCUAUAUUAUGAGCAGCUUGAGUGGACAUUUUUUCAAAUGGCUGGCUUGGGCCCUAUGAAGGGCCAAGCCCACCACUUUGUGCUCUAUGCGCCUGAAAAGGUGCCAUACGGGAUCAAGCGUUACACUGAAGAGACCCGUAGACUGUUUGGAGUCCUUGAGAUCAGACUCGAAAGGAACAAAACCGGGUUUUUAGUGGGAGACCAUCUCUCCAUCGCCGACAUUGUAUCGUGGCCAUGGGUUAAUGGCUCCGAGAAAAUCGGCAUUGACAUCAAUGACUUCCCAAGAUUGUCACAAUGGCUUGAGAACAUUGGAAAGAUUGAGGCCGUUAAGCGUGGAUCCACAAUUGGAUCAUUGACCGCUUGA